AUGGUCUUCGGCGCGCUGCGCACGAAUCGAGAGAAAGCGGAAGCGCGCGCCAAGACCGCGCUCGAGCGAAAGUACGGCGGAAACGCGGCGCGGUUGGACGCGUACAACACCGCGCCGGAUGACGAACGCUCCAUCGAGUACCUGGAGCGCGCGGCGAUGGAUCGGUACGGCGUCUUGCGGGCGAUCGACGACGCGCGAAGCGGUGGGAAGAAGGAUGAGGAAUUGAAACGGGCGAUCGCGAGCGCGGAGGAGGAAUAUAACAUGCGACGGACGACGGGGGGGACGUUUGACGCGGAGGGCGCGGCGAGAGACGCGACGAGUCAUUUUUUGUUGAGGUUGGCGAGCUGUCGAAGCGAAGAACACAGGCGAUGGUUUCGGGAGAACGAGUUGGAGUUGUUCAAGUAUCGGUACGGUGAGCUGAGUUUGGACGCGAAGAUGGAGUUUAUGCGGACGAAUGGGUUUAACGAUUACGCGCGGGCGAGCGAGAAGGAAGUGCGGGAGAGACGGGACGAUUUGCGGGACUACCAGAGGAUGUGCGAGGAAGCGGCGAGCGAGGCGUCGCGUUGGUUCGUCGUCGGUUUCGAAGAGGUGUGCCCGCUCGUCAAGUCGAGACGGGCGUACUUGAUCGGCGGAAACGCGUGGAUUCGUAAAGAAACCCUCGAUCAACUCGUGUUCGGUCGGUUUAAGACGAUGCUGAACAAGAUGGUCGCCGAAGCCAUCACGCUCUUCAACAAGUUUGAAAAGAAGGAGGCUCACCGUUUGACGCCGCUUUUGAAAUCUGUGCACAACCGUCGAUCGGGAAGCGGGUACGAUUUCCAAGGCGAAGACGGCACGAUGUCGAUCGCCGGCAUCGAAGCCACGCAAGAGUCUUUCCCGCUGUGCAUGCGCCAGCUUUACAAGGCGCUCAAGAAAGAUCAUCACCUGACGCACGGCGGUCGACGACAACUGCAACUGUAUUUGAAGGGCAUCGGCUUGCCUCUGGACCAGGCGCUCGUGUUUUGGAAGACAGAGUUCACAAAGCACCCGAAAUGCUCCGCGGAGAAGUUUGAAAAAGAUUACGCGUAUGGUAUCAGACACGCGUACGGUAAGGAAGGGAAGCGCGUCAACUACACCCCGCACGCGUGCGGUCAGUGCAUCGCAGCGGAUCCGGGCGUGAAGGACGCGCACGGUUGUCCGUUCAAGACGCUCACGUCUGGCGUCAAGGAUAACGGCGCACGUUUGCACGAGUUGCUCGGUACGUUGAAAAUCUCUGGUGCUAAGUCGCACGCGAUUGUCGAGAAGGCGACGAAUAUGCACUACCAAAUCGCGUGCGGUAUGACGUUUGCGGCGAUUCACGACGGCGUCGAAAUCGAGGCGGGCGUGCACACGCCGCAUCAAUACUUCCACGAGAGCAGGAAGAUCCUCGCCCCGCCGACUGCGAGCGAGGCGGUGCUCGGCGACGCGAACGCUCAAUCGGUUGCGGCGUGA